AUGUCGAUAUAUCCGGAUGUCUGCUGCCCAUCCAAUUGUCCUAAAGACAGCAUGUUCUAUUCUAUGUAUUACACCCCGAAGUUUGAAAUUCUUCGGAUAUCGACAUUUCGAAAUGACUCGUAUUUCAAAGAGGCCGAUGAAAAUUACAAGUUUGGACCAGAAGAUACACUUAUUGGGAUAAUUAUUAGUUCUGUAUUAGUCCAAGGAUCAGUAAUGAUGUUUGUUGGGAUGUGGUAUGUGUCUGGAUAUACAUUUCUGCCUGGAAAGAGAUUAGACUGGAAGAUAUUCACAACAACUACGCUUUCUUCAACUGGAGUCAACUGUAUUGCACCCAAAAUGACUACGGCCCAUCGUCCGACCUUUUUCCCGGCUCGCGGAGGAACCGCCCGUGGUGAGGGUGAUCUGUCGAAGCUCUCGGCUCAAUAUUCGUCAAAAGACAUGCCAUCGCACACAAAAAUGAAGUACAGACAAACCGGACAGGGAACUGAGGAAGACUUGAGAAAGAAGGAUCUCCGCCGUGAAUUGGAGGACAAGGAGCGCAAUGCAAUCCGUGAGAAACGUGCACGUGAAUCUGCCUCAUCUACAUCCUCUUCUAGUCACUCAAAACGUCAACGGAUGGAUCAAAUCGCCGCUGAAUCGGCUGCAGCCGUGGACGCAGAUGAAGCUGUCGACGAGUUGAACUCAUCAGAUGACGAUGAUUCGGAUGAGGAUGACACUGCCGCAUUGAUGGCAGAAUUGGAGAAAAUCAAGAAAGAAAGAGCCGAGGAGAAGGCUGCAAGAGAUGAAGAGAUCAAAGAGAAAGAGGAGAAACAGAGAAUGGCGAAUAUUCUGGCAGGAAAUCCAUUGUUGAAUGAGGGACCAAGUGGAUCAUCUGGAGCAUCGACUUCUGCUGGGGACUUCACUGUAAAGAGGCGAUGGGAUGAUGAUGUUGUAUUCAAGAAUUGUGCGAAAGGAGUUGAGGAGAGAAAGAAGAAUGUCACAUUCAUUAAUGACGCCAUUCGAUCAGAAUUCCACAAGAAAUUUAUGGAUAAAUACAUUAAAUAA